UUCUUUCGUGUUAUAAUUCCAUCGAGAGGGUGAAAUUCCAACAACGGGUGAAAAACUAGUUUCGCGUAAUUGUGGUUUUAUACAGUCAUCGUCUCGGCCACUACAAGCCGCCGUUUUCGUCUCGUCGUCGUGACAUCGGACAAGGAUCAAUUAACGUACGGGUUAUCGUAACCAACUCCGAUCAUGGGGAAUAUAUUUGCAACGUUAUUCAAAGGCCUCUUUGGCAAAAAGGAGAUGAGGAUCCUGAUGGUGGGACUCGACGCUGCUGGUAAAACCACAAUACUGUACAAAUUAAAAUUAGGCGAAAUCGUCACGACAAUUCCCACUAUAGGCUUCAAUGUAGAGACGGUCGAGUAUAAGAAUAUUAGUUUUACGGUGUGGGACGUCGGCGGUCAGGACAAAAUCAGGCCCCUGUGGCGACAUUACUUCCAAAACACCCAAGGACUGAUAUUCGUAGUGGACAGUAACGACAGAGAACGCAUAGGCGAAGCGCGCGAAGAACUCAUGCGGAUGCUGGGAGAGGACGAGCUCAGAGACGCGGUACUACUAAUCUUUGCUAACAAACAAGAUCUGCCAAACGCUAUGAACGCAGCGGAAAUAACCGAUAAAUUAGGCCUGCACUCGUUACGCAAUCGUAAUUGGUACAUACAAGCAACGUGCGCCACGAGUGGUGACGGUCUCUACGAGGGUCUCGAUUGGCUCUCAAACCAGUUGAAAAAUGCAAAUCGCUAAUCCGACAGUCGCCCCGUCGACACUCAGUUGCUAUAAUAACAUCGAUACACAAAAUGAGAGGAGAAUAAAGUUAAAACACACACACACACAACUGCUAAAAAUGUUGAAUAAUGAACGUAAAGAGAGGAUGGGCAACAACGGGAAUUGGGGGUGAAUGUUUCAUAAGGCGAACAUCAAACCUAUCCUCCCCCCGCCGACCGUUUAUCGAUCGACGAUCGGGUGAAAAAAAUUUUCGAAAAACUCGCGCCGGCUGGCGCGAUUCGAGUAUCCGAUCUCUGCUACCUCGUUUGAUUCGUUGACAAUUACGAACGAAAACAAUACUAAAAGAAAAAACAUCGAAGACUAAGCGCUCGGUUUUGUGUUUUAGCUUGGCCCGGGGGAGGAUAGAUUUAUUCGAUAGAGCGCGAUUUAUUAUUUCCGAAAUGAGCAAAUUAAUAUGGAAAAUGGAGGAAAAAUCAUUUUGAAUACGAGUAUCCGUGUUAACCGUGAAAUAAUGAGGAGGCAGAAGAGGGAGAGAGGUAAGCGACAGAGCAAAAAAAAUAACAUAAAUUAAAAUGAAAGACGCGAGAGCGAGAGUGGCCGCUAGCACACGAGUGGACGGUCACACAGGACUAUUGCUUCGUGCAACUUAUUAUUAUAUUAUUAUUAUUAUUAUUAUUAUUAUUAUAUUAUAUUAGCAUUAUAGUUACACUUUUUACACAGAGAAAGAUACCACGAAUGGAAGUGAAGAUAAAGACAACAAACUUGAAGAGUUCAUUGUAUUAAAGUACCUAAAUCCGAAACAUAACGAUAGAGCGUUGACCGAUUCAACAAACCGGGCGAAAUAUCAUUACCUCGUUGAGCAUAUGUGUGCGCCUCAGUGUGUGAAUGAUCGUGUAUGCGUGUAUGCGAGAGAGAAAGUGAUUAGGAAAAGAUACGAGGCCGUUUUGACGAAAUGGGCGACGACAAAACGUGUACGAGAAAAACGAUAAAAACUAUUGGAAAAAUAUAAACAGUAAUAUUAUAGAAAGGUCUCUGGUGCGGUUUGCAAAUGUGUUCUACAUGCCGAUUGUCAUAAUGUAGUUGCGUAUUGUACAUUACAUUAUAUAUAAAGACGGAAAAAAAAAAAUAGUGAGCGCUAAAUGAGGAAUCAAUUUUUCCCAUUGCACGGGAGACAGCCCGACGAAAUAUCGAUGACCAAACAUGCACACCGAGUCUACGAACCUAUCGGCCACUUUUGCGUCUCUUGUCCGUUUUCUGCUGACUGAUUUUGCAAUCGAAAUUACAAUAAAAAAUAGAGAAAAUGGGGGAAAAAAAUCGAUAACUCCGAUGAGAAAAUCGACGAGGAGCAAACUCUAAAAGAAGGAGGAGAGAGGGGGGGGGGGGGGGAAAGCUCAGUGACUCAAUCUCGCGCGUGCAUCGAAAAUCCCGUGCACACACCACAACUCGUCGUUGCGAUCUCUCGUAUCCUCGGUAUCGUCUACUUUCGUUUAAUCUUCUCAGUUUUUUAAUUUUUUAAUACAAUGUUUUUUUUUUGUGGAUUCUCAACGUUUUAGCAAGAGCGAAGAAAUGGCGUAGCCCAGUUCGAUGGAAUUUGGGGAGUGAUGACGAAUCUUUUUUAUCUGCCGCACUGGCCGGAUUCCCUUGACACGCGAGUCAAGCGUUAGUGAGUAAAAUAUCGACAUUCCGAAGGUAAAAUAAUUGCAAGUGCGUCCCUGUCCGUGCAUACGCGGGUGUUCCGUUGACACGCGGAUACACGUAUUACGACGAAGGAAGAUGAAACGCGUUGAUCGCAUCACCGGACGACGCGGGAUUCUUUUUUUCAUUAGAUCGAUCCGAAGAGCGGAGAUUACGGGGCAUUGAGAAGAGGAGACGAGGGAGAAAGAGAUUAAGACUGACGCGUUGCCCGAUUACAUACGAACGACGGAGAGGAACGCUCCUCGAAAACUACAGAACAAUCCAAGAAUCAGGCCACUCGCGUCGAACGUCCCUGUCCGCAGAGAUUCGUCAAGAAUAUUUGCAUUGCCCAACUGAUCCAGUUUAUCGCGAGCUCUCUCUCUCUCUCUCGCUCUCUUUCUCUCAAUCUCCAGCUCUCGCUCGAUCAAUUUUUUCCAUAAUGCUGAAACGAAAAAUUUGCGGGGAAAACAAAUGUCCCUGCGUCUUUUGCGAAAAAUUCGUAUAAUUAUGUAUGAAUGUUUAACAAUUUGUGAAAUAUACUGUAAUUGUGCUUUA